AUGAAGGUAAGACUUCUUGCAUUGUUCCUACUCAUUUCAGGUACUCAAGCCAUAUCAAUGAUGCUUCCAAAAUUUGGAAGCAUAGAAGACUCAAUCAGAUUGAAAGACAAAGUGGAGGAAAGUAAAAAUGAGAACAAACAUGAACUGUUUAAUACUACAAGAAAAGCACAAGGUGGAAGCAAAGGAGCCUCUGGAAAGAGAGGAAGGACAGGAGUUAAUGGCAGUGCAGAUGUUAAUCGCCAGCCACGUCGCCCUCAAAAUUCCGCACCAUCAUUACUAUCAGGGCCUCAUUUUCGGGCCUCAACAUUUAUAUAUGUAAGCUUGGCUUUAACCAUCGGGUUUCCCUUCAACUAUGUUUGA